AUGCCCGACAUCCCCUCCCUCCCUAAAGACCUCAUCAACUCGCUCUCCUCCUCCUCCUGGGUCAAAGCGUUACAAACCCUACGCGGAUCCCUGGACCUGAUCCAAAAAGAGAUCGAAGGCGGUGAAGAUUCGGCUCGAGCGGCGAUCCUCGCCAAAAAGGAUGACAUCACCAUUCAUCCCGAGUUAGGGUGGGAUGCUCAAGUUCGAUUGGGGACCGAAGUCGGUAUUGCGGAAAGCGCUUUCUUGAGGGAACGGAAAGCGAGGAUGAAGGUUCAUUUCGCCAAAUUGAUGGAUCUGCACGAGGAAGAAAUUGACGUGAGGGAUUUGCCGGUCAUUGCUAUGGCGGGGAGUGGGGGUGGCUAUAGGGCCAUGGUCAAUACGCUGGGGAGUGUCAAGGCAGCUCAGGAAAGUGGCGUGUGGGACGUCGUGUCGUAUGUCUCGGCCAUAAGUGGAAGCUGCUGGGUAAGCGGGAAGGAUCAUCUCAAUCUCGCCUCUAGACUUUCCGGCGAUUGACGUAUGAUUUAUCUCAGGCUAUCAACACGUACUACUCGAUCGGAGAAGGUAAUAUUGAUCGCACUUUGGACCACAUCAAAAAGAGGAUGCAACAGCACUUUCUGGAUCCGGCAACGCUCGAAUGGCUCAUUCAACCGAGGACGAACCAGGUGCGAAUCGUGGCGACCGGUAAUGUACAGAGUUCAAACCUUCGACCGCUAAUUUUCGGACCUUGCCUUUUCCGCAGUACGUCCUGUCAGGUGCGAUUUUGAAAGGAGCCAGCAAAGCAGGAACACUUUCCCUCGUCGAUGCGUACGGAACGGCCGUCGCUUCUCGCCUUUACGUCCCUGACGACCCGGAGGCCAAACUCUCGCUCGAUAACCUCAAGAUCUCGCACCAGCGAGUCCACAUCGAUUCGGGCGAGCACCCCCUCCCCAUCUACUGCACCAUUCGCCAUGAGAUCCCUCGGGCCGCUGAAGUCGACAAGGCCGAUUCGGAAAGUAAAGAUGAGAAUCGCACUGAUGCCGAGAGGAAAGGAGCCACGGAGAAGAAGGAGGAAUUGCUGCUCGAGGGGAGAUGGAUGUGGUUCGAAACGACACCUCAUGAAGUUGGGUGCGACGAGUUGGGCGCGUGGAUUCCAACGUGGAGUUUGGGUAGGGCGUUCGAGAAUGGCAAGAGUGUCGAGCGGGUACCCGAGCUGUCGUUGACGAUCAUGUCCGGGAUCUUUGCAAGCGCUUUCUGCGCGACGCUUUAUAGUGUGAGUCUGAGGAAUGGUGACGAAGGCUUAUGAUCCAAGUGCUGACUGGAAGAAUGAGUGCUCUGCGCAGUAUUUCAAGGAGAUCAGACCCGUCUUGAGCACGCUCCCUUUCUUUGACACCAUCAACAGCUUUGGUCAGUUACUUAUCCAGAAACGCACUUGCGAAGACACUCCAGAAUCUCAGAUUCCACCUCCUUCCUACAGUGAUGGAUCGCCAACCCCAACUCGACUCGAUCCACCCCUUACCUCCCGCCGAGCUGCCCAACUUCCUCAAAGGUCUCGGCGGCAAACUCCGGCCCGGUGCACCGCAAAGCAUCACCGAACUCACCUCUCUAGGUUUCAUGGACGCUGGAGCGAACCUCAACAUACCUUACGUCCCUCUCUUUCGUCGCGACGUCGAUAUCGCGAUCGCUUUGGAUGCUUCGGCUGAUUCGCAAGAUCUGUGGUUCGAGACGGCGCAUCAGUACGCCGAAGCGAGGGAGUUGAAGUCGUGGCCUAGGGUCGAUUGGAAAGGGCUUUUCAAGGACCUCAAGGAAGAAGCUUCUUCGGGUUCCAGAGAAAAGAACGAGAAAGAAAAGAAGGAUUCUUCGGAUCAGGCGGCUUCGAAAGUCGAUGCGGCCAAGUUGCAAGAAAAGGAAGCCAAGUUAGCGAACGGGGGGAACGAGCAUAAGGAACAAGAGAUCAAUCCGCAGAGACCACCGGUGGGUUCGGCACCGCAUAGUAUGAAAUUGAAUAAUGAGGGGGAGAAGGUGAGGAAGGAAGGGGAGGAGGAGACGGUGGAUAAGUUACCGACGAGUCAGGAGGGGGAACCGCCUUUGGGGAAGUGCAAGUGAGUUGGUCGAGGCAUUGAGGCUUUGGGGCACGAAUCUCCUGCUGACCACUUCUUUCGCACACCCCCGCAGUAUCUGGAUCGGUUCGACCCAGGACGAAGAUGUCCCGUGUCGCAACGACAACCCAACUGUUCAACAAGUAAUGGAAAGGGACGGUAUCUCACUCGUCUACUACCCUUUGACCUCGGGCCCCGAAUUGGAGAACGUCAGCGAGGUGUGGUCGACUUGGCGCUUUGAGUACCCGGAGGACGAGACGGAGCGAUUGAUUCGGUUGGCGAGAGGUGAGUGGUAACAUCCGAUGAGGCGGAACAAGACGUUGGCUCGAGGCUGACGUUUUCUCUAUUUCGUGCAGCCAACUUCCAUAGUGGAGACGAGCAGCUUAAGACCUUGAUCCGAGGGGUCUACGAACGCAAGAAGAAGCAGAGGCUCGCGAACGAAGCGUCCGAGAAAAAGACUCGAGCCAAACUUUGA